GUUUUUCCUCGGCGAUUGUCAUCUCAUGGCAUCGCAGGCAGCAGUGGAGAACCUGCGGAGGUGCCUGGUAGAGCUGAACGAGUGUGUGUCAAAGAGCUCUACAAUUACCAGCACAAAGGCGUUGGCAGAAGACAUUCAAGCGGCCUUGGGAGAUUUAGACCGCCAGGACGAUGGUUCGUUAGCGAGCCUACUCUCCAUAUUAUUUGGCGUUGAUAGUUGGGCCGGGUUAUUGAAGGAAGAAGUUUCAUCCUCAUACUUUCCUAUUAUCAUUCUUCCUAUCAGCUCUCGCUACAGCCCUGUUAUUCGAUGCCGAACGUGGUGCUCUCCAAUUCCUUCGUUUGUCGUUGGGUAAUAAAGUUCAUAAUGACGCAAAAGCUGUUAUAUGCAAGGCCCUAGCCGGCUUUAUGUAUGAAACAUCAUCAUCAUUGAGGCAGUAUGCUAUUGACAUACAGUCUAUUUGUCAGUCCUUGUUCAGCUCUUUCAAAGAGUCAUCCAAAGUAAAGGCUGAAAGCUUCAAUGUCCUCUCUGCAUUAUUGGAUCCCACCCUUAACAUCAUCGAUCCUAAGAAAAUUGAUAUCCAGAAGCUAUUCCAAUUUUACUUGCAGACAUAUGUCCAACAACAAACCAAGCUCACUUCCUCCGUGAAAGGGGCCCUUCUGAGACUCUUGGGAAAUAUUAGCCGAUAUUUCCCAUCAGUCAUCGAUGCUAGUCAAAUUUCCCACCUGCACCACAUUGUGAUCCAAUGCGUGUCCACUCUCUUUGAAAAAAAUCCAGAUCUUCCUCACAUAGAAGGUGCUAUUCGAGCUCUCGAUGACUUGAUGUUUAGAGCAGAUCUCGAUCGAGAUUUGGGCAUAAUCGGUGGAUACGUGAGACGCAUGAUUGAGCCUCUAGGAGAACUGACGCAGUACAGCAUCCCCAAAGCGGCGCUUCAAAUCGUCAUUGACCAUGCCGCCAAACUUCAAGGUCCUUUUUACGAAAACUAUGCAGCAAUAUACGUAGAUUUGCGCAAUGCCAGUCAGCAUCAAAACAUUGACGUUUCUCGCCUUGGCUAUCGAGCCAUCGACCAAUUCUUGAAAAUAAUCGCAAUGGUGCUAAAAAAUAAAUCGUCGGAGCAGGAUGCCAAGAAAUGUUUCUGGUGGUUCAUGCGGCAAUUCACGGAUAUACUGCAGCAGAACAAAGCAGCGUACAAGGAUGUUUCCCUUGCGAUUCGUGGAUACGGUUUUUUUGCAGGGCCUUGCAAGCAACUUCUUGAUCCCGGCCAACUCAACCUGAUGCUCGAGCAUCUUGUCGCGAAGAAUGCAUUUCUAAAUUCCGAAGGAACAGGAAAUCGGGAAGACAUCUUGAGCCACAUACCGUCAUUUUUGGAAGCUUACGCGUUCAUUGCCGACGAGCUGGAUGUCAUUGACACCGAACUUCUGGCCGCUGUUGAGGCCAUCGCGAAGACAAUGUUGUCGAAAUUUUCAAGCAUGGGAGCUGCCUACCGAGGAUUGUCUGUGUCUGCCUUUCGCAAUCUUCUUGGGGUAUUAAACAAGAAGGGCCCAAUAGGAACAGCGUUAUGGUCAAAGAUAGCAUAUGAAACCAUUGUCAUCACUUGCACAUCAACAUCAUCGGAUGACAUUGUGAACGAUGGACAACCUGCGGCGGCACGAUUUGCUUUUGAUGAUUACCUGUUUUUCUGGGAACAUCUUUUCAAAUCGACAAGCGCUGAUAACGAGCGGUUGGAUUCUGAUGACCGCAAGAAAUUGGACGAUAUGCUUUACGACGAAACAAUCAAAGCUUUGAUUCAGUUACCACAGAAUCUUAAUCUUUCCCUGACCGAAGUAAAUCAACCUGCUGUAGUUGAAGCAGCCAAUGAUACGAAUUUACAAGCUGUAAACGGAGUCGACGUGGCAAUUUUGGUCACGUUUUCGAGAUUCUGCGAGCACUUCCUAACACGCGUGCGGACGGAGCGCUUUUCCAAUUGGAUUUACAUCGUUGGAAAUAAGUGGAUCGAACUCUCUCUGAGGAAUCCUCUGAUUAGCGGUUUUUAUAACCUGUUCAGUGUGAUACUAAGAUUGAGCAAUUCCACCGGGUUUUUUGAAGGUACUCUGGCACCUGACCGUAAGGGGAUCCAUGAAGGGACCGAAGAAGACUUUGCAGAGCAGGCGACCAGCGAGCAGAGACGGACAUAUGUGCUCUUCUUUAACUAUAUUAGGGAAGUGCUUGUCCGUUUGCAGGGUUACAAAGACGACCUUUUAGCAAGUUGCUUGCGGGUCGUGCUAGCCUGUCCUUCGGAGCUCAUAUCCGUUAAAGACACGGUCCAACCACUGCGAAUCGCUUUGAGAUUGGGCUUGUCCUUUCCACCUCUUGCAAAUAUCGCCCUCGAAACUCUUGAACGCUGGAUUGCUGAUUUUCCAGCGGACGUUUUGCGGCCUGCGUAUAAAGGAGUGCUGCCUCUUUUAGCCGACUAUUUAGUGCUGGAUGUCGAAAGCGACCAGCCUUCAUCGUCCGCGCCAAGGCAAUCUCUUAGCAAGAAUGGGCUAAUCUCAAUCCAAAGGGCUUCGGCCGCGAAGAUUAGGGCAAAGCUUGCUGCCCUGGCCACUAUUGAUGAAACCACGAACACCCAGCUGAGAGCUAUACGCUAUCGUAUCAUAGUUCUGUUAGGAAUGAUAGGAGGCGACAAUAGGUUUCUUCUAGAAGAAGGUCGCGGAAGCCAGCAGCUCAUAGCUUGGGAUACUGAAAAGAGAGUGUGGUUUGACAUGCCUUUUAAAGAGAUCAACUGUCGAAUCUAUAUGGAUGACAUCUUGCCUCGGGUGAUGGACCUGGCAGAAUCCUCACCAGACCGUAAAACGAAAAUUGCUGCGACAGAGCUACUGCAUGCGUGUGUGAUCGUCAUGAUUGGGCGGAGCGCUAAGCAGCUUACGAAUGUAGGGAGAACGUCAGCGGCAAAGAAGAGUCCAUUUCACAACCUAUACCGCAAAGUCUUCCCGGGGCUGCUUCGGCUGGCGGUUGACUUGGACAAAGUCACCAGAGACCUCUUUCGACCUCUGGUGUUUCAAAUUAUACAUUGGUUGACGAAAAAUUCGAAGGCUGAGAAUGCAGAGACAAUGGCGAUGUUGAACGCUUGCAUCGAUGCAGUCAGUGGUGAUGAUGGUCCGGGACGAGAAUUUGCCGGGGAAUGUAUAGCAGAAUUCCUGGCGUGGUCAAUAAAACACACGCUACCGAAGGAGCUUGAUCAGAGCCCGAUGAAUGCAAAAUCGUUGUUGAAGCGCAUGUACCGACUUCUUUCGCAUAGUAGUUCUCAUAAAAGGAUGGGAGGCGCUGUGACAUUCAAUCGGAUUUACCGGAUUUUCAGGGAGGAGGAGUCCCUUGUCGAUCAGUUUUCUUUUGAGAUACUCUAUCAUCUUUUGAUGGCGCUGAGAUUAGCGGAAAACGAUCAUACGGGCCUGGGAACACAACAGAUGACAAUUAAAGGGGUGCAGCAUGUACUCAAGAUUAUCAAAAGCAAAUCUGACCUGUUCCGCUCUUCGAAAAGCACUCGAAGGUCAUUCCCCGGGUUGAAUGAGGCCAACCUUGCGGGACUCGUAGAUUGGAUUUUCGCUGAAAUUGGACGUCUUGAACUGACGUAUGCUCAGCAGUGCAUGCAAGUGUUUAUGGAGCUGGUUCCUCUCAUAUCCACCCCAAAUGAAUUUGUACGCAGUCGCAGCAGUUCAAAGCCAACGUUCAUUCCCGACAUUUUGGAGCGCACAAAUCUUGUCUUUCCUUCGGAUGCAGAUCUGCAGUCAAAAACGGUCAGCCUCUGGCUGAGUCAAUUAACUACAGCCCUCAGUGGCUAUACAUUCCUGAUUGAUGCAAAAAUCAUGGAAGCAAGGACGAUUUUAGAGCAGACUCAGUCGCAGCUGCUGCCUGCCUUUGUCCGUUUCAUAAACAUCUACGCUGAUGCUGACGUUGAUGGAACGGUGAACCCUGCAGCCAAACAUCUAUACAAUCAAAUACGCUCAUUGACAAUAGCAAAGGCGGUAGAUUUCCUGCUAAGUGUGUUGCAGCGCGAUGGCUUUGAAAAUGCGAAGAAGUUAGAGAAAGCCAAGAUAUGGAGUUCCAAAUUCUUCCACAUUAUCGCUACUUGUGUAUUCCGCCCGCAUGAUGUCGGCUUCGCUAUCGAAAGUCAGGAAGUAAAGCGCAAUCUUCCUCGAAGAAUGGAGUCCGUACUGAGAUCAAUGAAGAAGAACUUGCCCGAGAUGUGGCAAAAAGUCAUGGUCCAAUCUCUGGCGGAUGUUUAUUUUAAUGACCAGAUCGAUCUGGCAAAGGUGAAUCCAAAUGAUCUACAACGUAGAGGGAUGCUAUUGCGAACCACCGCUGGGCUACAGCAACUAUGUCGAGCGGACAUGUUUGAUGCAGUGAUGGAAACACGUGCAAUGGACACUUCGGCGAAUAUAGUCAGACUAAUCGGCUCGUUGAGAGACGAGACUGACCCAAGCACAAUCGUAGUAGUUGGAAGCCUACUGCAAGUGUGUUUAAUGCAUACGUCGUCAAGGGAGCAGUAUUUCUCCCAGAUUCUGUGCCUUGAGAAUGAGAAGGAUGCUGAGACAUCAAUCAAGUUCUAUCAGCGUUAUGCAUCCUACAUCAAUUCAGAGCUCGCUCGUAAUUUGGACCAAUAUGUAGACUUUUUCGAAAAGCACCUGCAGCAUCCUAUCGUACACACGAUUCUGCUCGGCAUUCCCGACUAUUUGAUCGUGAACAGAACCUCUAAAGCGGAUGAAUGCCUUGCAUUCAUGGAUCAGUUCGUGAAACACUCUGCCUUUUUGACCAAGGUAGUCCGGGAAUAUAACUUCGGAAAUACGCUGCAAUUGCUGAAGAAAAUCGUGCAACUGGACCCGAACGUACUGGCUCGAACUGCGACCUCCGAUUUCUUCACCGUUUUCACCGACGCAUAUGUGACUCUAUUGGAUGUGGCCAAUCCUCUGGCCACUAUAACGGACGCUUUGAAUCUACUACCGGCAUACCUCCUUGUACCUUCGAACGCCGCAAAGCUCGAGAGGCGACUCAACGACAUAGUGGUAAACCAAUUUCCGAUAUCUCCAAAGGAUCUCGUUGAAGGAACUGCACAGUACAGUGAUUAUGUCGAUGCAAUGAAUUCUCUCAUGAGAGCUCUAGAACUAUCCGAUGGCGUGGUCAUUCCCAAAGUCUUGGCUCGCCAUGUGUGCAGAGAGCGCGAUCAUCUGUUCGCCGCCUCUUUGAAGAAGGCUGUGGGAAUUGCAGCACGCAGACUAUCCGCCUCCGAUAUGGACAAGCUAACGAGUACUUUGUUGGGUUUUUUCUUCGAUUCAUCGCUCCCAGUGGAGGUGAGGAGCAAUGUGGUUUUGCACAUGCUUGUGCCGGCGCUGUCGGUGGCACCGAAAGCCUACGUUCGCACAGCCUUCGUCCGCCAUAUCAAUCAGAUCAUGACAACACUGUCUGGGCCGCUGUCGUCUAAGGAGCACGAGCAGAAAUCCCAACUUUUGACGAGAACAGCAUGCUACGAACUUAUGGAUGUGUGCUACAGUCGUCUGGACACACAUGACGUUCAUAGCACUGCUGGAAGCAUUGUUAAAUCUUAUUGCAAUGGCACACCGAAAACUGGCAAGGAACUCUCAGUAGACCUUAUUAAGCUGGCCAAUACGUCCAAGAAUGAAAAUUUCCGCGAGGAACCGGGUGGAGUAACAUCCUUCCGCACUACAUACCACCAGACGGCUUACAACGUCUUGGCUUCGGUCAUUGCGUCAACUCAAAGAGAUCAACUUGUCAAAUUUUGCACGACGUUCCUUUUCAAGGAGAAUCGCCAGAAGCAAGAGGAUCCAUGGAAAAAUAUAGUAGAUAUUCAUGAAGACCUUCGGGAAAAGCUCAACGAAGUUUCGUUGCUCCAAGCACGAGCGAUCGGCGCGUUCCCCAUCCGCCAAGCGUAUCGUCCUAGUCAGUUUCUAGCAGAUAGCAGCUUGAGUCAGACUAUUACAAUCCCUUUGGAUCGUCCGUCGACCAAUGCGAGCAGCGGACCUGUGUACAGCGCACCGACUCAGUCCUCACUGCAAGAAGGGGAUACCUGGAAUCCUGACCAAGGCGAAUUGAUGACCACUUCACCAACAGGCGACCAGAGCAGCACGAGCCUUAUCUUCGAUCAUAACAUUUGCAUGAGCAGGAUCGUCGAUAUUAUAAAAAAGCUCAAUGCCGUACCUAAUACCGAUGGAAAGACACCGACAUGGAUGCAGGAGUUGUUAAAAAAGAUGAGCGAGACAGACACCCCGUUGAAUGUGCGAGUCUUCAUAGCUGCUAUUGUCAUGAAUGUCCCAGAAGCAUUCUCAGCCAACGCCGGGGAAUGGUGGAAAUGCUUUGCGGAGCUGAUUGCCGUCCAUACACAAUUUUCAAAAGGAGUACGUGGGUUUGUUCAGGAUCUAUGCUUACAGCUCCUCAAAUGGGGUGGAAGUGCGAAAGGGGAGGAGACACAGCAGUCCCUUGGUCUUGAUGACGACCAUGACACACGUACCAUUCUCUUCAAGAUGAUGGAGUCUCUUGUCGCCAGUGUCUGUGUCGCGGAUUCAAUGCCGGAAGUCAGAGAGAAUCUUGAACUUAUCGCGUCAUUCAUCGAGCUGUGGCCUUCGCUAAUGGUAGCACCAACGAGAAUAAUAUACGAGUAUAUAACUAAUCAAAAGAGGGAGAACUUGUUGGCGGGCAUAUAUCUAAUCUUGGUUUAUGUAACUCAUGGGGUGCCUCCGUUUGACAUGCGCGGACUUGGUGCUCUUUCUUUAUCGGAAGACCAGUUCUGUGAUGCUUUCAUGAGUUUGCUGGUUAACAGUCGGAAAGAAAUCUAUUCUUUUUCAGCCGAAGUGUUAGGUCGCUGGAUCUCAUUCGCACGGAAAAACGGUGCUGGAAUUGCCGCACAACUGGAAGAAAAGCUAAGAAACUUGCUGAGAUCUUUGAAUGGGGUUCGAGGCUCUGGGACCGAGCAAGAUCGAUUUGUACUGAUCUUGAACCGGCUGAGCGUCGGGUACCCAGACAUUGUGAAGGACUAUGCCAAAGACCUACUUUUUAUUCUUCCGCGCCUCUAUGGCAGAGUACGCGCAAAAUGCUUAUAUGCCCUCUCGUCAUCGGCGCCGGACAUUGAGGGCUUGUUUGCAGACCUCCGCGCCAAGAAUCUGCAACAACUGAUCCAACAUCGUGAUGAUGAAAGCCAGGCGCAUGUUCUUGUGAUCCUCCUAAAUUUGGCACCUUCCUUGCGAAACGAGGACGUAUCGUAUUUCCUUGCAACCGCUAUUGAGACAUUCAGCGGACAUCCGUCAGCGAAAUGUCGGUCCGCAUUUUACACCUUGAUGAUGCGUCUGCAUGAGCGAACAGACCUCGAAGCCAAGAUAAAUCGCGUCCUCAAACUUGCUAUAUUGCAAGGUCUAACCGAUCCCACCGAAGAGAUUCGAGGUGCAGUUACCAGCUAUCUUAGACAGGGAGGUCGCAUGGGACAAGGCGACAUCUUCAGUCGGACGGAGUUCCUUCUCGGAUCUCUGUAUGAACCCGAAGUUGAGAGUUCAUAUCUGAACUUCAGCACAUAUUUUCUCAUUGACGUUGCAAAGGAGGCGCCGCAGUACGGUACAAAUAUGUUUGAUAGUGGGCUCCCGGAUGCCACCUUCGCUGAUGCCUCACUUGACACCGAUGUCUCAUGGCUGGGCAGUGGGUCAAUGCAGCCCCUUUUUGCUGCUACACAAGCCCGGAUGCAGGCACGAGGCACACAAGCGGUUGGAUUUGUUCGUGCUACUCAACAGGUCCAGUGGACCCCCACUCUUGACACGCAGAUAGGACCGGUUCAAGCAAGAGAUAUUUUCUCUGGUUCGGAGUCUGAAUCUACCUCUGCAUUCACAUCCACACAGUUCGAAGGUCCUCAAGCAGAUCGAACUCGCUUUACAUCGUAUACUAGGCGCCAAGCGCAAGGCACUUACGAUCAUCGCUUCUACGCAACUCAACAAGAACGACAAAAGCGCGCUCGAGCGAAGAACGAGCAGCUUCAGAAGAUUGCGCGUGCCCGGACAGUUACUCUGGCAAGAAAGUACCGCAUAGGCGAGCUGCCCGAUAUCGAGAUACAGCACAGCGAGAUCAUCAAUCCUCUUCAGGCACUAGCGAUGAGAGACUCGGAGGUUGGCCAGCAAGUGUUCAGCUCUUUGGUAGCUUCUGUUCUCGGGCAUGUCGAUGAUUACCAAGGCAUGGAUGAAGAAAGAAAAGAGGAAUACAAGAGUGUCAUUGGACAGCAUUUACAAGACAUUCUGAAUCGAUCUGUUAAUCUUCAUCCGCCUGUCAUGGCUGCCAUCUUGCGUGUGCUGUAUCAGAUGCCAGUCGCCGCUUGUUCGCCGCAGUUGAUUUUUCGGGCUAGUGAAGGGAGCGCUAAUAACGAGAUGGGAAUUCUAUUACUGGAAAAACUUGCAAAUGAUGCACCUCAGCCGCCUGCCUCAAAGCGCUCAAGAACAGGGCGGAAUGCGAGCAAAAAGCAGAGCAUAGAGUUUUGGGUGCAGUUGGCACGGCUUUAUCGGUCGAUGAAUAAGGUCGACGUGUAUCGGCCGUUGUAUGAGACGAGAGUAUCCUCCAACCAUGUUGUAAAAGAGGCGAUCACUGCCGAGUCUCUGGGGCAAUAUGACCGUGCGUUGCGAGCAUACAAGCAGGCGCUGGAAACAGACGAGAAACUCGAAGAACAUGAGGCAGACAUCUGUCACCGGGGUCUGGUUGAAUGCCUCAACAAACUAGGGCUGUGGGAUGAACUUGCUCACUAUAUCAUGACGGAUCUAAACAAUUCCACGGAACACUUAUGGGACGCAGAUUAUCAGGACCCGGAUUUGCGGCUCUUUUUCCGAGCGUUUCUAAGACUGCGGCACGGCUUCCAAAAUGACUCCGGUAUACGUUUAGAGUGGAAAGAAGAUCGCCCAAAUCCGCUCUACGACUUCAUUGCAAAGGCAAUGGAAGAUCCUGUCAAAAGAGAUUUCCUUGGAUCCUUAUUUUCAAAAGAUCUCAGCCUCGCACUAGUCUCUUCUGGCGAUCUGAAUCGGGCUUUGCAUUACGUACGACGGGCACAAGACGAAUUUUUACAAGGGUUUGCGACUCUCAACCCUCUCGCUUAUGAGGCCCGUCUAUCGAAGCUAUCCCAGAUACAAGUCAUAAUGGAGUUGCGGUCAUUCCUACAGCUUAUUCAAGACCCUAAGUCCCGUUCGAUGAGAUUUGAGGCAUUGGUAAAGCAAUGGGCAAGAUACCCAUUAAUAGACCUGGAUUCAAUAGAAGUCUGGGAUGAUAUAAUGCUCGCACGCGAAGUGAUUGCCGAAAAAUGUGCAGAUGUUGGAUUUUCACUAGAACAGAAAAGUAUUGUGAAUUCAAAACUUCAAGAUACCCGUCACAUCAUGGCGAGAGCCGCUCGCAAGCACCAUCGCUUCUACAUGGCAGAGCGUUACCUCACCCAAAGCGUCCAAAAUGGGUUCGAUGAUAUUUUCAAUUACAAUGCUUUGAAGCUGAGCUUCGUACGGAUGAAGCAGCUGCAAGGACAGGAGAUGCUCGAAAUAGCAGGAAAAGCAAUGCAAAAUUUUGCGUUCUACAAGACAGAGAUCCAGAAACUUGAGCCACUGCAACGAGCCAAGUUUUUGAGCCUAGAAGGUCGUCUCUAUGAUACCAUCGUCCAAACUGUUCUCGAUGAAACAGACUUGGUAGAACUCUUCUUGUCAAACAAGCACCUCAAAAAGGCAAUAAAGGGUCUAGGCUGCGACCAACCGCACGAUGGAACGGCUUUACUGCGGGUAUUGACCUCCAGAGCGUAUGCUUGUCUUCAACAGGCUGUUAGCGACAGCCCGAAGGAUAAGCAUCGGUUGCGCAUAGCGAUCCAUUGCGAUAGGACACUGCGGAGGAUGGAGGAAGAAAGGGGUGCUAGCGGCGACUUGCGUUCAUUUAUUGACACCUGCCUCUAUGCUCGGAUGGUGAUCACAAACACGCUCGCUGCGAUGAAAAGCGGCAAACGGGAUGCGAUAGAAGCAUAUCCGAGAUUACUCCAACUGAUUGAAUUGUAUGAGGAAACCGCCGACGACUUCCAGCGCAUGGCAACUUCUGUUCCAUCAUGGACGUUCUUACGGUGGAUGCCACAGAUGACCGCCCUUCUUGAUAAACCAAGUGCUCAAGCUGUGUAUCCCGUUAUUGAAAAGAUUGGACGGGACUAUCCCUCCGCCCUGUACUUCCCUUUAUCAAUCAGCAGCGAGCAAUACACAUUCGGUAACGAUGCCGGCUCACAGCGUAACAAGAAGAGAAUUGAAGCGCUCAAGACGAUAAUCAGCUCCCCUCUGUUGGAAAAAUUCAAAUUUGAGCUGCAGAGACUAACUGAGCCCGUGCAUAUUUUCAAAGAUUGGCUAGAGCGCACUGACAGCUUAAUUCGAUCCGUUAGACCUGACAAAGAAGCUGCCAUCGUAACAGCUUUUGAAGAAAUGGCCGCCUAUUGUCUGACACAGAAUUCCGACAUGGGCGAGGUUGGAAGGGCGUUCGCGUCCAAACAUGCUGCGAAGCUGUUCAAAAUACUUGGAAAGGACGGUUCCAAGCUGGCAAAUAUGAAACUACCGGAGUGGAAAGAGGUACAAAAAUACUACCACCAGUUUAUUCACGGAAAGGAAGCGCUUCCGCAAGGAAUGGUUGCCUUGAAGAAUUAUUCGCCAUGGCUAGCAAACUUCAAUGCGCGCAAUUACAAUGAGGAAUUAGAAAUACCUGGACAGUAUGAAGGGUUGACGAUGCCACGACCACAGCAGCAUGUGAAAGUCAUUAGCUUCCAUUCGGAGGUGCUUGUCAUGAGUUCAAUGCGCCGGCCUAAACGCUUGAUCAUUCUUGGGUCUGAUGAGAAGGAGCAUCCAUGGCUUAUUAAGGGCGGUGAAGAUUUGCGCUUGGAUCAAAGAGUACAGCAGAUGUUUUCGAUCAUGAACGACAUAAUGCUACAUGAUAUGAACUGCCUGGAGGGCGGACUCUUCUUGCGUACAUACAAGGUUAUUCCCAUGAGUACGAGUCUGGGCAUCCUAGAAUGGGUCGAAAACACGAAGCCACUGCGCGAAGUAAUGAUGAGCAUACCCGGAUUCAAAGAGGAGUACUCUAGGGCAGAUCAGAAACACGCCGCUUUCGUUGAAAGCUUCAAAGGACAUGCAAGAAAUUUAGGCGACAUGUACGGAAAUAUGUUUCGAAAGGCGAGUAGAAACCGCACCGUGGACCAUAUGAGCAGUCUCACGUCUUUUGAGCCGUAUCUUCGCACCUGGAUGCAUAAACUGGCGGCAUCACCUGAGGCGUUCCUUUCCAUUCGCGCGCAAUUCGCAAAGAGUCUCGCAACGCUCAAUAUCUGCUCGUACCUACUUGGCAUCGGAGAUCGGCACGCAGAGAACUUUCUGAUCGAUAUGACAACUGGGCAAAUUGUCGGAAUUGAUUUUGGACAUGCGUUCGGGUCGGCGACAGAAGUGCUGCCCAUUCCGGAGCUAAUACCCUUCCGCCUUACAAGACAAAUGGAGCUUGCAUUGGAGCCGUUGGGUAUUUCAGUACUACUCGAGUAUCCCAUGAUAAACGUUCUCACAGCAAUGCGUAGCCGCAAAGAUGUGCUCCUAAAUGCCUUGAAUAUCUUCAUCAAGGAGCCAUUAAUGGAGUGGCGCAGGUUUGCUCUGAGUCAAGCACAAAAGCAAGGCAAGACUAGUCAAGAUGCCUCAGGAAGCAGCGAAAAUGUUCUCAACCCACCGGAGUGGUAUCCUCAGCAGAAACUGGAUAUAGCAAGACGAAAGCUAGAGGGCGACAACCCUUGUUAUAUAACGACACAAGAGCUGGAAUGGGGUCAUGGAGAAAAACCUUGGUUCCAGGCUGUCCGUGAUGUGGUGAUGGGCGAGAAAGGGACCAACCGUCGCAGCGACGUUGGCCAAAAAUGCAGCAGCGUCAAGGAACAAGUAGAAUGUUUGAUUGAUCAGGCUACGGAUCCUAAUAUCCUUGGGAGAGCUUGGAGAGGAUGGGGAGCCUGGUGUUAGCUUAGCUUCAACUCAGUGCUUAUGUAAUGGUAAUGUAUCCAUAUAUAGAGAUAUAGUAGUGGCGCA